GGUGUGUACAAAAUUGGUGGUAUUAGCACUGUCCCUGUGGGCCAAGUGGAGACUGGUGUGCUCAAACCUGGUAUGGUGGUUGCCUUUGCACCAGUCAGUGUGACAACUGAAGUCAAAUUGCAGGAGAUUCGCCUGGAAAUUCUAAAAGAGCUGCUGAAGAAGCGGGAUGAGAAUCAAAAUGAAGUGAACAUGAAGCACUUGAAUGCCCAGUGGUCUAAACUGCAGGAAGCCAAGGAGGCCAAAGUGGCUCGAAUCCAGCGCAAACACAUAUCAGCAAUCAGAAAACUUGUAGGAAAGAGACAGAAUAUAGAAGGAAAGUUGGAGAGAAGAGAUAUCAUCAAGGAUUAUUCUGAUUAUGCAUCACAGGUCUACGGACCUCUCUCCCGCCUGGGUCGUUUCCCAGACAAUAACUCAGAGGACUUUGUGGUAAGAAACCACUAUCUCAACACCUAUGAAGGAUUAGUUGAACUUGAGUCAUGUCUCCCAGAUUUUGUGACACAACCUCGAAUCAGACUUCCAAAACCAAAAGUCAUUACCACCAAAUCUGGUUUUCUGAAGAGGACCGCAAGGGUAGACUACGAGCUGGCAGAGGUUCAUAAGGCACUGUUGGACAAGAAGAAUAAAGUUCUCGAAGCUAAGAAACCUCUGCGCUUCCUUCAAAGAAACCCAAUACCUCAACCUCGGCUUCCAACUCCAACCUUGGAAAUGAGUUCCAAUGAAGAAGAAGACAUAGAAAUGGCUGUGAUCUACCUUCAAAAGUUACUCCGCGGCAGAGUCGUUCAGAACAUGGUGAGUGGAUGUGGGAAAGAGAAGCGAUUGGAGUUGAUCCAGGAGUUGCGCACCAGUCACGCCCUUCAGGAAGAUGAUAAACUGGUGAAGAGAGCUGAGAAGCAAGUGACCCUGGCCUUACAGCGGCAGAGGGAUUUGCAUGAGCACAAGAUGUCGCUGAUGGAAAACCAACUGGCUGGACUGGAAGGAAGGGCACUGGCAGACAUGUUUGACUUCCUGUCCAAAGAGCUGGUGAGGCUGCAGGAGGAAAGGCGGAUCCACGCCUUCGCCAUGUUGGCCGAGCGCCAGCGGCGCAUGCGGGAGGCGGAGGAGAGCGGCCGUCGCCAGGUGGAGCAAAGGCGCCUGCGCGAGGAGGACGAGAUCUUUAAGGAGGUGAUUAAAGUUCACCAAAGUACUGUAACCUCCUAUCUGGAAGACAUAAUACUGAAUACUGAAGAGAAUACUGCAGAAGAACAAGCCAGGGCAGAAAUAGAGAAGAUGGCCGAGGAAAUCAACGACAUCGCUUACGAAAUGGAAAGCCGUCGAACUCAACUUCAGUCGGAGGAGAUUGUUGCCGAGUUGGUUUAUAGUUUUCUGAUCCCAGAGGUGCAAAAAGACUUUGUCAAAGAGAAAGUGAGGAAGGCACAGCGGAAACACAUUCUUGCAGCUCAUCAGAUCAUCCACAGGCACACGGAAACCAUGGUCCACAGGAGGGUCGCGGAGCAGCAGCAAGAGGAGGCCUCGAAGGCUGAGGUGCUCCCUGAGGAAGAUAGUCGCCCAGAGGGAAACAGCUAAGAUUGGGAUUAUUUUAAGAUGGUGAAUGGAUCAUCCCAAGGAAUUCCAGUAGUCUGUAAUUAUCCCAAGGUGUGUAGCUCUCAUGGGCCUGUCAAUGUGUAAUUCAUGAGGAAAGAGAUUUAUUUUCCUUAAACUCUCACUGAUUUAAAAUUAUUUUCUGUAAUAAUAAUCAAAUGAAAGAACUCUAUUCUCUUUGGUGUCUUCUAGCUGUUCUACUUCAAGAGAAAAUUUUCUUUUGUCUCAUUUCAACAUUCUGUUGAAUGUUGAGGAUAUGCCAACUUGCCACAGCAACUGGAAAGAAAUAUUACUGAGCAUUUCUUAAGUAGUUUUGCUUUGUUAUUAAUAGGACAUUGGACUCACCAACUAGCAUUGCCCCAUGACCCAUCAUUUCACCUCCUACAUAUAUGCCCAACAGAGGUGCCUAACCAUGCCAAUAGGCAUGACAAGACUGUUCAUAGAACCGUUCCUGGUAGACUCCCAGGCUGGAAACCCAAAUGUCCCUCUCCACUGAAAUAGAAAAAUAAACUUUGAUCUGUCCAUACAUUGUCAUGUCAACCCCCCUGUAAGCUUGAGACCUAAGUAUAUUCACACAGCACCCACAGAGGGUGCAGUUGAAGGGCAAUCUGCCCAUCCUGUGUGUUGACAAGCAUCAGUUAGUUGAAUGGAUUUCUCCUCAUUUAAAAAUUGUUGCAUAGGAAAAAACAGUAAAUGAACAAAAGCAUCACCAAAAUCAAUUUAGAGCCCAUGUAAAGAAUUUAAAAGGAAAAAUGUAUGUUACUCUGAAAACAGAAUGAGAGCCCAACUUAGAAAUUAUCUUACAGUAAGAAAGAAGAAAAGUUUCAGAAAUGGCUUGAUGUUUUUAAUGCGCGGCAAAAAGAAAAGGCUUCUUAGAAACUUAAAUAGGGAGUAAUAACACACAAGGCCAAAACACAGACAGAUGCAAGCUGAGAAGAAAAGAAGACCGGCUGAGAUUUUAAAAAGGCAAAAAGAUGAAAAAUCCAGU